AUGCGAGUCCCUGAGCUGGCCUGGGACUGCUUCUUCUACUCGCUGGUGUUCGACCCCGUCCAGAAAACCCUCCUGGCUGACCAGGGCGAGAUCCGAGUUGGCUGCAAGUACCAGGCGGAAAUCCCAGAUCGGCUGGCCGAAGGCGAAUCGGACAACCGAAACCAGCAGAAGAUGGAGAUGAAGGUGUGGGACCCCGAUAACCCCCUGACCGACCGGCAGAUCGACCAGUUCCUGGUGGUGGCACGAGCCGUCGGGACGUUUGCACGUGCCCUGGACUGCAGCAGCUCCAUCCGACAGCCCAGCCUGCACAUGAGUGCUGCCGCCGCCUCCCGGGACAUAACGCUGUUCCACGCCAUGGACACGCUGCAGCGUAAUGGCUACGACUUGGCCAAGGCCAUGUCGACGCUGGUGCCGCAGGGGGGGCCGGUGCUGUGCCGCGAUGAGAUGGAGGAGUGGUCGGCUUCUGAGGCCAUGCUCUUCGAGGAGGCGCUGGAGAAGUACGGGAAGGACUUCAAUGACAUCCGGCAGGACUUUCUGCCCUGGAAGUCCCUGGCCAGCAUCGUGCAGUUCUACUACAUGUGGAAGACCACCGACCGCUACAUCCAGCAGAAGAGGCUGAAGGCAGCAGAGGCGGACAGCAAGCUGAAGCAAGUCUACAUCCCCACUUACACGAAGCCAAACCCCAACCAGAUCAUCUCAGUGGGCUCCAAACCUGGCAUGAACGGGGCCGGUUUCCAGAAGGGGCUGACCUGCGAGAGCUGCCACAGUCACGACAGGAAAUAA